AUUCUUACAUCACCGAACCAUUCACAAUAUCAUCCAGAACACUCACUUUCCUGUGCCAAAGACCGUCAAUCCAUGGCUUCCACUACCCUCUCCCCUGCCACUCCCUCACAGCUAUGCUCUAGCAAGAGUGGCAUGUUCUCUCCUACACAUGCAGCGUUUGUGAAACCAGCAAGGACAAGUAUGGUGACAAAAGAGAGAGGAAUGAGAAUUGCAUGUCAGGCUACAAGUAUUCCAGCUGAUGAUAGAGUGCCUGACAUGGGUAAGAGGCAGCUUAUGAAUUUGCUUCUUGUGGGUGCUCUUUCACUCCCCACUGCUGGCAUGUUGAUUCCUUAUACUUAUUUCUUUGUCCCUGCUGGACUAGGAGGUGGUGGUGGCGGUACCGUUGCCAAGGAUGCCCUUGGAAAUGACAUCAUUGCAGAGCAAUGGCUCAAGACUCAUGCCCCUGGAGACAGAACCCUUUCUCAAGGACUGAAGGGAGACCCAACCUACCUUGUUGUUGAGAAAGAUAGAACUCUUGCAACAUAUGGAAUUAAUGCUGUGUGCACACAUCUUGGGUGUGUUGUGCCAUGGAACCAGGCCGAGAAGAAGUUCAUCUGCCCCUGCCACGGAUCCCAGUACAAUGACCAAGGAAGAGUUGUCCGAGGGCCAGCUCCCCUGUCAUUGGCAUUGGCUCACUGCGACGUAGACGACGGCAAGGUGGUCUUUGUUCCAUGGGUCGAAACAGAUUUCAGAACCGGAGAUGAUCCAUGGUGGACUUAAGUCACUUGUUAAAUGAAUCACCAUAUAUUUCAUAUAUUCAAGUUGUGAACUGGUUUGUUUCGCAACAGAGCCAAAACAUCCUAUGUCAUAGAGGCAUGCUUUGUGAAUAUGAGCUCAUGAGAUGUAAGGAUAACAAUACAGUUUAAAAAUGGAUAAUCCUGUGGUGUUUGGUAAGCUAUUCUUUAUACGUUAUUC